AGACCUGAGUUUUAAAUUUCCCUUUUAUGGGCAUGAUUUAUCAUCAGUUGUCAUGGCAACAGGAGGGUUUCUGUACAUGGGAACCUUCAUGCAUAAAUGGCUGACUGCAACUCAGUAUAUUGCUCCAUUGAUGGGAAAUUUCAAUCCCAGUUUGAAUGAUUCGUCUUACAUCAGAUACCUAGAUACAGGGUCUUCAUUUACCUGUGAGUGGAGCCAGCUUCAUCUUGAUGACCAAGUCGAAGUUGGCAGUUUCACGUUUCAAGCAACAUUAAAGAAAGAUGGUGUCAUCAUCUUCGCAUACAAAAAUGUUCCCAUUUCACUUUCACUAGUAGGGACUACCCAGCACCCCGUCAAAGUUGGUUUAGCUGAUGCUUUCUAUGUCGAUGAGAAGAUAUAUGGAAACUAUUACAGACGUACAAUUUAUGAAUACCAUGAUGUUCCUCUUAACAAGACGUAUAUCAAAACUGAUGUUGCUUUCAUUAUUGAACCAUUACCAACUUGUAAUCAGUUGGACACAUGUGAUGGGUGUAUCAACUCUGACAUAGACUUCCAGUGUGGUUGGUGUCAUUCAGUGAAAAGAUGCUCUGAUGGAUUUGAUCGUCAUCGACAAGACUGGUUAGCAGGUGGCUGUGAUGAAAAGAGUGGUGAACUGCUGUGUACUGGUGAAUCUACAUCCCGAAACACAGGAUCUGGCAAUACUAGUUUGGGAGUUGGUGGCAUCAUUGCUAUUGUGGCUGUUAUUAUUCUUUUGUGUUCGUUGGCUGUUUUUGUCAUCUUUGCUUACAUGAACCCAACAUCAAGACCAGGAUUGUUCCUAAUCUCACUGCGUUACUGUUUCCGUAAAGACACCAGUGCUUCAGCAGCCGAUAACUCUGACAAGUACGCAGUUACCAUGGACCAAGAUUCUCGACCCAUUGAUACCCCACCUGCACAGCUACCAUACCCAGACUCAACAGAAGCUUAGAAGGAAAACCACAGUAAACAUGCUAUUCCCAUGGUGCAUCAAAUAGCUGGCAAGAUUAUUCAGUUUUUAUAAGUUCAAUAUCAAAAAAUUCAGUUAUAGAUAAUUUGAAAUUUACAGAAUCAUAAUGCAGUGAAUUUUUAUUUUUAUCGUUUGUGCUUUCUGCUAUCUCAUCAUUUAGACAAUUGAAUUGCUAACUAUCGAUACUAUUGUAUAAAUUAGCUGCCUUUGAACAGUGUUACUACCUGCUAUGGAUGUCAAAUGAUGCACAGACGUCAAAUUAUUUUGUAACACUCAGUGUCAAUUGUGGAGUUUUUCAUUGGUUCUCUCUAAUUGUGCUACUCCACUGUCAUAUUUGGAAUAUUGCAAAACACUGUAAAAGUAUUUAUUUUCACUGGUAUUUAAUUCACUGUUUUCAUAUUUUGAUUUCAUUCCCUGCAUUUUAAAGUCUUGAAUCGUGCUGUGAUGGGUCCUCAGUUGUAAUUUCACUUGUUCACAAUGCAUAUUUAGUGAAUUCCACUUAUCAUAUAAAAAUCCACUGAUUAAUUAAAGCAUUUACAGUACCUGAUCUGUUUAAUUGAUAUUGAGGUGUUAAUC